AUGGAGCCUGAAGUUAAUCAACGUUCUCUAGAGGCGUCCAAGUCGGCGUUGAAUCCUUUGCGCGAUGCGAAGACUUGGGUUCCUCUAUUGCAAGAGCCCGCAUACAAACCUCGACGCAUACGUAUUGUGUGUGUCGGGGCCGGGUAUUCCGGUCUGAUGACAGCAUACGAGGUUAAAUACAAUAAGGCUCUUGAAGGCUUUAUCGAUUUGACCAUCUAUGACAAGAAUGAAGACAUUGGUGGAACAUGGCUGGAGAAUAGAUAUCCUGGAGUUGCAUGCGAUGUUCCCGCGCAUAUCUACACCUUCCCUUUCGAGCCCAACCCGGACUGGUCUACAUUUUACGCCUCGGGUCCCGAGAUCUGGUCCUAUAUAAAGAGAACCUCGGAUAAGUAUGGUCUAGCUGAACAUGUCCAACUUCAGUCGAAAGUAGUCCAAGCAACCUGGAACGAGCCUUCGAGUAAGUGGCGUCUCAAGAUUCGACAAGACGGCGAAGAAAAAGAAGACGAAUGUGACAUAUUGAUCGACGGGUCGGGCUUUUUGAAUAACUGGAAUUGGCCUAGUAUCGAGGGUCUUCAUGAUUUCAAAGGGGAGCUUGUUCAUACUGCAAAUUGGAACCCUUCUAUCGAUGUGACAGGCAAGAAAAUCGCGGUGAUUGGCAAUGGCGCUUCCGCUAUCCAAGUGCUCCCGCAGUUGCAGAAGACCGCGGCUCAGUUGACUAACUACAUCCGUACCCCUACGUGGAUAUUUUCUAAUCAUGCGGCCGAGCUUACAAAAGACGGAACCAAUUUUGCAUUCACCGAAGAAGAAAAGAAAGAAUUUCGUGAUAACCCUGCCUCGCUCGUUGAGCUUCGCAAGGAGAUCGAGCGCAGUGAAGAUAACUUCUUCAACGUCUUCUUCAAGGAUUCAGCAGCUCAAAAAGCUGCUUUUGCGCAGGCACAUGCUUCGAUGCAAGAGCGGCUCGGGAAGGAUCAAGAGCUCUGCGACAAGCUGGUUCCACACUAUGAGCUUGGAUGCCGACGCGCAACGCCGGGCGAUGGGUAUCUCGAAGCUCUACGUGAGAAAAAUGCGAGAGUCAAUGUCAAUACAAUAGUCCAAAUUACAGAAUCUGGGAUUCAAACAACCCAUGAGCACACCAAAUUUGAUAUCAUCGUCUGCGCAACUGGAUUUGAUGGUAGUUUCCGCCCCUCAUGGACCGUGCAAGGGCGGAAUGGACAUCAACUCAAUCUUGCAUGGAGUGACUCGCCAGAAGCAUAUUUUGGGAUCGCAGCGGCCAACACUCCAAAUUAUUUCAUCUUCAAUGGUCCCAAUAGCCCCGGUAAGCAUCCCCUGGCCAGUAAAGGGAAAAUAACUCACGGCCAGCAGUGGGUCAUGGUUCUCUCUUAG